AAACCACAAACUGAGCUGAAAACAUCAGAUCAACUGAACCACUGAUCCAGAGCCAAGACCUGAACCAGAACCAGAACUGAAUCCAGACCAGCCAUGGACAGAGUGGUCCUCCUGCUGUCAGUCCUGUCUCUAGGUGUCUCCUCUCAGCCAAUCACAGACAGCCAGCGUCUGUUCUCCAUUGCUGUCAGCAGAGUCCAACACCUCCACCUGCUCGCCCAGAGACGCUUCUCAGAGUUUGAGAGCUCUCUUCAGACGGAGGAGCAGCGUCAGCUCAACAAAAUCUUCCUGCAGGAUUUCUGCAACUCUGAUUACAUUAUCAGCCCCAUUGACAAACACGAGACACAGCGCAGCUCUGUGCUGAAGCUGUUAUCGAUCUCGUAUCGAUUGGUUGAGUCCUGGGAGUUUUCCAGUCGUUCUCUGUCUGGAGGUUCGGCACCGAGGGACCAGAUCUCACCCAAACUGUCUGAACUGAAGACUGGAAUCCUGCUGCUGAUCAGGGCCAAUCAGGACGGAGCAGAGAUGUUCUCCGACAGCUCGGCUCUCCAGCUCGCUCCAUAUGGGAACUACUACCAGAGUCUGGGAGCUGACGAAUCUCUGAGACGAACCUACGAGCUGCUGGCCUGCUUCAAGAAGGACAUGCACAAGGUGGAGACGUACCUGACGGUGGCUAAAUGUCGACUCUCUCCAGAGGCUAACUGCACCCUGUAGCCCCGCCCCUCCAGUGAUGAUGUAAUCCUGUGUUUUCUGUAGCUCCUCCCAUGUUAGCCAACUCUGCUAACUAGCGGUAGCAUUAAUGUUAGCCUCUGUUGGGUGCUGCCGUCCAAACUGAUGAUGUCAUUGUGAUGUCAUACUCAGUAGGUGAAAUAAAGUGUGUUCAUUCA